GAAACAGAACAGUAGGAUAUUCUUUUUAAUAACUAUCAAGCGUUUUCAGUUGUAAACGCCAAAAUGCAAUCGUCCAUUCCAAAAUUGUUAUUAGUGUCCGUUUUAUGCGUUAUUCCUUACGUUAAGGCGGAGAACAAGGUAACUGUGGUUGAUUUUAAGGCGGACGUUCCAGGCAAUGAUAUUGUUGAUUCCUGGUCUCACGAUCUUACAAAUAAUCUUAUUAGCUCAAAUAUCAACAUAAAAAAGAAUUGUCCAGGUGCAAUAGAGGCUGAGAUAAAGGUAUAUCAAGGUGAUAAUCUAGUUAACCAAAUGGUUCAAAAUCUUAAACAACCAAUAAAGGAUUUCGAAAGUUACCAAAUUUGCGAAUCGAUUGAUAGUCCAGAUCUUGAAGAUGAUUCCUGCUCAAUCGCCGAAGGUGAACAAUCGGCGAAAAAUUGCGAUAUAAGUGGAUGGUUUAGUGACAUGUCACCUGGAGAUUACAAAGUCGAAUGCUCUUUUAAACAAGCUGAUGUAAUUACCACCCUCACUCUUAAUGUAAAAAUUGAAAGUGGUUAAAAGGGAAUAAUUUUACCGCAGCAUGUAUUUCUUAAAAUAUACAGUGUACUUAUAAAAUUAUAAUUAAUUUUUAGUAUUAGGAAAGUAAAUUGUCGCUUUUCAACAAUAAAGAUAUUAGCAAAGUA